GAGGCUUCUUGUGACAUGAUUAUGAUAAUUUACAGGGCUGUUAUUGCCGCUGAACAAGGAAGCCCCACUAACUGACCGUCGCGUCACUAUUUGUACUGUACCCGUCCCUGGAAAGUCAACAUGGACAAUACGAUUCCCUUCUUUCAUUCAAUCGGAACCGAACAGCAAUGCCGCAUUAUCUCGACAGCAGCUAUUAGUAUCAAGGCAAGGGGUUACGCCUGACAUGUGAUAUGCCUCCUGGAGUCCCAUCUUCAAUCCCACUGAGCUCCAUUCGCCCCAGGACGACGGUCAAGAGAUGGGUCUCCAAGAUUCGCGGUGGUCGACACCGGGUCGCCAUGCGGUGUCGUCAACGUCGAGCGCGCCGCCAACCCCCAAACCGCAUGAUUCAGCAGCGAUCCGAGUUCCAGCUAACCCAGCUGCAAGCCAUCCAGAUCUUGUCCGUCAUAGUCCCCCAGAGAGGAGGAUCCCGGAGAGAGAACUCGACAGGUACCUUAAGCUUGUUGCCCGUCUCAAAUGGAAACUGCCCUUCCUCGCCCAGGGAUACCGAAUCGCCACAGAUCGCGUCGGGCGCAGGUCCGAGGAGGCCGCUGCAAAUGAGAUUCACUUCAAGAUCGAUUUUUAUGAAUACUACAUGCACAUCGAGCGAGCCCUAGUCCACCUCAUGGGCGUCUUCGGCAUCAAGGUGACCGGCCUCGGCGAUAGUCUGCACAACCCCUCCUCGAGCGCGAGCGGCAGCAACCCGACGCGGGCAACGGACCGGGGGAUCCGCACGGGUGUGGUCGCCACCCCGGGCAGCACGCACCGGUUCCACGCCAACGUGCUCGCGGCCCUCGACAAGCCCGACAACCCCUUACAUGAGGCUUUGGGCCAGGGAGAGGUGCGGAAGCAGCUGGCCAGGGCCAAGGAGCUGCGCAACCGCUGGAAGAACGCGGACGGUGCCGUGGGGGCCGACGAGAAGGGGUACGCUCCAGCUCCUCUGGAGGCGUACAAUCUGGAAAGGAUCCUGGAGGGCAUCUUUGCCGGCUUUGAUCAGGGACAUGCACUUGCGGAGUUGUACAUCCAGCAGCUGCGCGAGAGCAGUACCGCGGCGGGUCUAGCUAAUGCUAUGGACUGGGAUGGGGAGGAGGACGAUUGGGGGUUCAUCGCGGAUGCCAUGGACUGGGAGGCCAUAUGAGAAGCAAUGGGCGAAGAUGGGGGGAGGGCAAAACAAAGCACAGGAUUACAGCGUAUGAUACCCACAGCAGAUUAUAGAGAUUGAUU